AUGGCGUCGCGCAGUGGGUUGCGGCGGGGCGACAUGAGCGACGAGGAUCUAGAGCGGCAGCAGGCGGAGUUCAUGGCGGGCCGGCAGCCGGCCGCCGCCACUGUCGUGCGACUCAAUAGCGCGGACGGCGACGCGCAGUCCGCCGAUACUGCACCUCGUGCCUCUGCAGUCCCCUUCCCUUGGGCCCCCUUCCGCGCCCUCCCAUGGGGCUAUCCACCCGCUGUUUUCCGCCCACAUUUCCUCUACCCCCCCGCUGUCUCUGCAGUCUCAGGGGGAAAUUCGGGCGCGCCAGUGCACUUGACGCGGGGAGGAGGGCGGGGGAGCGGCAGCGAGGAGCAGCAGCGGCGGAAGCAGCAAGAAAGGGAGCAGCUGCAGAGGCGGAAGCAGCAGCGCCAGCAGCAGCAGCAGCGGGAGGAGGAGCAGAGGAGCAUGGGGCUGGACGGAUUACAGGGCGGGGGAGGCGAGGGGGAGUACCGUCCGCUCACUGUGCUGAGCGGAAUCCGCGAGAAGGGCUUUGGCGACGCCCCUGCGCGCCCCUCCGCGCCCGUUGUCCCCCUGCCCAUGUCCGCCCUCGCCUUCCCCGUCGCCCGCCACCGUGCAGAGGGCCCUCACUGGCAGCCGGCAGUGGUUCAUGCGCACCCCCUUGCUGCCUCGAGCCCUCCCCACGACCCCUCCGUGCUGCCCCCCCCUGCUGCUGCUGCCGCAUCCGCCGUGCCUCUGCGCCCACAGCAGGCGGUUGCGGGGGGGAGAGGGGCAGCAGGCACGCAACAAGAGGCGGAGUGGAACAGGGGCGGCAUGGGCGUGGAGGGGGGGCUGGCGAGGAGGGGAGGGGAGAAGGAAGGGGCGAGAGUGAGGGAGGAGGGGGGGAUGGGGCCGGUGGAGGGAGAGGCAAUGGGUGUGGAUGGGGGCAUGGCAGCAGUGGGCGGGCAGGACAGGGGAGCACGCGUGAGCGACAGGGAGAGGGCAGCGAGGGAGGGGCGAAUCGCUCGUGCUGCUGGUGCAGGAGCAGGGGCGGAAGGUGCUGCUGCUGCGAUGCCUGGGGGCAGUGCAUCACGGAGUGACACAGCUGCCCAAGUGGUUGGUGGCGGCGGUGGCAGGGGGGUGGGGCAGACGAAGGAGCAGAGGGAGAUAGACGAGGCGAACAGGGGGGUGGUGAGCGGCAUGAGUGCGGCACAGGUAGCGGAGGCACAGGCGGAGCUGAUGGCAUGCCUGCCCCCGGGGGCUCUGGACAUGCUCAGGCGGCGAGGCAGGGAGAAGGAGGAGCGGCGCAGAGGGGUGGGUGCAGGGCAAGGGAGUAGGUCGGAGGGAGUGAGUGGUGGAGCAGGGGAGGAGAAGCAGCAACAGCAGGAGGAAAUGCAGGUGGAUGGUGGCAGCGGUGGGGACAAUGGCGGUGCAUCACUUCACUCCUCCCAGCAGCCUCUCUCGCACCAUGCACCUGCCAGUGGGCCUUCGGUGCCACGUCAGCAUGACCGCCCUGCCACGUGGGAGCAGCGAGUGGAGCGCAUUCGCAGCGUUCGGUUCGCCAUGGACGGGCGGCCAGUCCCUGCUGACGUGGCACGGGAGGCAGAGAGCGCCCUCGGGGUACCGGCUGAAGCUGCCAUGCACUUUGAUCAGGCCGAUGCCUUGUCCUCUCCAAGAUCCCCUCUCAUUCCCUUUCCUCCUCCCUCCGCAUUCCCCACCGCUCCUCCUGCAGACUCACCGCAAGGCAUGGCGGUGCGUGACCUGGCGGUGCGACAUGUGGCGGAGCGUGACUGGCUGAGGACGGGCGCGCAGCCAGGGAGGGCGGGGUACACGGUGCGCGAGGCGGUGGCACUGUCGCGCAGCCACGUGCCCGCUCAGGCCGCUGCUGGGCUCGCCCUGCUCUCUGCCGUGCUCUCCAGGGCAGCGCAUGCUCACACAGGGAGGGGUAAAAGCGAUGGUGCAGGGGACGGGGAGGGCACGGUGGGGGGCAGUGUGUUGAGUGCGGAGGACGGUAGUGGAGGGGAGGCGGGGAGGCAGGGCGUGGAGGAGGAGGAGGAGGAGGAGGAGGAGGAGGAGGAGGAGGAGGAGGAGGAGGAGGAGGAGGAGGAGGAGGAGGAGGAGGAGGAGGACUGGGAGGCGGUGUGGGCGUAUGUGCUGAGCCACGAGGUGCAGCUGCUGCUCGCCCUGCGACAUACCCCUCCACCGCGUGCCCGUGUGCCGUGCACCUCGCACCCCGCGUUCCACCAGCCCCUCGCUUGCACCACACCCAUCUGCACCCAUCAUCCGCUCAUUUUUCCUUUCGGUCCAUCCCCGCCCAACCCCGCUGCCGGCCGUCCCUUGUGUGCUGGUGUGGUGCGAUGUGCUUUCUGCAUGUCUGUGCCACGCCAUCCGUCCCCGUCUCCCCCUCACACCCCCCUCCACCUCGCCGUUCCUCUCUCUCAACCCCCCUUGUGGGCGUCUCACUGCCUGUGCCCCCUGCAACGGUGUGCUUCACUACCCGUCCAGCAGAGUGUGUGGCGAGGCGAGGCCAUCACAGCCACAGCCCCCGUGCACAAGCCCAAGGCCGCCGCCUCCUUCCUGCCUGCGCCCCUCACCGCCUCCUCCUCCCCCUCCGCCGCGCCCUCCCUGCUGCCCGCUUUCGCCCGCGGGCACCACUGGCGCCGCAACGUGGCUCGCUCUGAGCUGCUGCUGCCUGCCGAUGCUGAUGGCGACGAUGUCGAGGACGAGGAGGAGGAGGAGGAGGGCGGGGGCAUGGAGGGCAUGGGGCUUGGUGGCGGGGGCAUGGAGGGCGCAGGGGAGGGUGACAAGCGGACGGUGGGCAGUGAUGCGAACGUGGCGUGCAGGGACGUGUGUGCAGGGCUCAUCCGCAUGGGCAUCCUGCCCCGCCUCGCCUACCUGCUCCAGGCGUGCAGUGCAGCCAGCCCAACGAUCGCCCGCCACGUGGCAUCCUGUGACCUCAUCCACCUCACCCUGCACCACCUGCUGCUCCUCCCGCUCCCGCGCCCGCCCUCCUCCUCCGCACUCCCUCUGGCGUCCCUCCAAGCAGUGCUGGCGGUGCUCUCCCUGUGGCGAGUGCUGGCGCGCCAGGGCCUCACCGCACACCUCUUCUCCGACUACUCCCCCUUCUUUGCCCGCUUCCUCGAUCCCCCUUUCCCCGCCGCCACCACUGCUGCUGGGCAUGAGGGGGGCAUGGCGGAGGGGGAGGGCGUGUGGGGGGGAGCGGAGGUGUGCGUGGGGCGAGAGGCGGUGCUGGUGCUGGAGGCGCUGUGCUGCGCGCUGCCACGGCUCAGAGGCGUCGUGCCUGUGGGCGAUGGAGAUGGUGACGGGGAGAGUGUUGAGGCAGAGAGGGACACGGGAGACAAUAUCGGAUGGAGCGUGGUGGUUGCGCUUCUGCCCAUGGUGCUGCGCUGGCUGCAGAAUACCUUGGUUGCUCGCCUCUCCUCUGGCCUCCGUGCUGCACUCGCACACUCGCACUCUCACACACACCCUCACUCUCAGUCUUGCACAGAACAGCAUGGGCAGGCACAGGAAGGCACACGGGCAGACGAGAUGGAAGUGGAUGGUGGGGUUGGGAGAGAGGGAAGUGGUUUGAACGGUGCGGGCAUGAGGGGGGUGGCAGAGGAAGCAGCAGCAGUGGCAGCAGUACUGCACUGCCUCGCCACUGUUGUCACUUGUGCCGUGCCCACCACACCACCCCAGGCAGCAGCAACAUCAGCAGUGCAUGGGCAGCAAAGUGGGGCGCAGGCAGGGGAGGGGGCGCCGUGUGUGCGCCCUCCGUUCAUUGACGCCAUUACAUCCGCCCUCCUGCAAUCUGGCCUGCUUCCCCGCUCGGCGCCACCUACCCCUGCAUCCUCCCCACACACUCCACCUGCACUUCUCCCGCCCGCCUCGCCCACCUUCCACCUGCUGGCAGCAGCAGCACGCUUGCCGUGUGCGCUGGGUGUGGCGAGUGCGAGCUGCCUGCACGGCAUGCUGCGCCUCGUGGGCUGCCUGCUACUCCACAACCAUGCUUGCCCGCCCUUUGCCACUCACACCUCAGCAGCACCAUCACCACCGUCCAUGGAACCGCCACCAUCAUUAUCACCAUCACCGGCAUCAGCAGCGGCAGCAGCGGCUGUAGCAUUAUAUGCGUGCAUCCCAUCCUUCGUGCCGCUGCUGACCUCCUCGGCUCGCUUGCUCUCCACCAGGGCAGCAGGCAGCCCCCUCUCACCUGCCGCACAACGCGCACACAGCACAGCCCGUGCAGGCGUCGGGGCGCUGGUGUGGCGCGAGGGCAGCACGGAGAGAGGAGGACCGGCGCCGGGGGUGGGGGCGGGGUGGGGGGGCCGAGGGGCGGAGGGAGGGGAGGGGUGGUGGGGAGUGGAGGCGGUGGUGUCGUCACAGCACAUUGCCUUGGUUGCAGCGCUGCUGGCACUGCUGCACACACACGGGUGCAUGCAGCCUGAGGGGAGAGGAGUGAGUGGGCAUGAAGGGAGUGCGAAUGGAGUGAGUGAGAAUGAAGCAGGUAAGAAGGGAUUGAGUGCGAGGGAGUUGGUGGAGGUGUGUUUUGCGGUGGCGGACAGUGCAGGGCCUGCAGACGCUGAACCUGCGGCCUUCAUUCUGCUGCACACGCUGCUCUCUCCACGCGUCCUCGCCUUCUCCCCUGCUGUGCCGUCUGUGCCAUCCAGCACAGGUGAACAAGCCCAUUUAGAGAUUCACGGAGAGGGGGGUGAGGGGGUGGAGGGGCAUGGUGGUAGAGGUGGUGGAGCGGGUGUGUGGCUGCCCUGUGUGCGGCAGCUGCUGGAGGCCCUGUGGUUCAGCCGCCACUCCACUCACCCCGCACUCCCACAGGUGCAGGGCGUGAGUGCAAGUGGGGGAAAGCAAGGGCGAAGGAGGGAGGGGGUGGGAGGGCGCCUGGCAGCAGUGGAGGAAGGGGAGGAGGAGGGGGAGAUGGAAGGAGUGGAGCAAGGAGGGGAGGUGCAGCAGGUGGGUGGUGGUGAGGGUGGCGAGAAGAGAGUGAGGUUUGCAGAGGUAGCAGGGGAAGGGGCAGCAGGUGGUGCUUCCGGUGAUAGCCCCACCACUGCCACCACCAGCUGCAGCAGUGCUUCAGGCGUGGAGGGCGGUGCAUGGGCGGGCAGCAGCAGUGGUCGCGGCGGCCCCCGCACCACUCUCCCCCGUUCACACGCUGCACGCCCUGCUCGCCUUCCUCACCGCCUUGGAAACCACUCCCUCCACGGCGCCCCACAUGGCGUGCCUCCCCGUGUCGCUCAAGCUGCACCACCUCUCGCUGCUCUUCCUUGCCGACCCACCUCUCUACCUGCAACCCGCCCUCACCCGCCCAUCGCGUGCCUGCAAGACGCAUAUGCCCUGCAGCUCACAUCACAGCACGCCGUGCGUGACUUCCCCCCGCACCUCUUCCCCCCAUCGGUCUACGAGUCCUUCCUCCAAACCCUAGCUGAUCGCUUCGCUGCAGCCUCAUUCGGCCACGUGCUCUUUGCCCGCCAGCUCGCCACCCUCCUGCACGCGCACGUGGCUCCCCCCAUUCGCCUCGCUGCCUGGCGUGCCCUUGAUGCUGCUUCCGCACUGCACCUGCUGCCGUCGCUCGCGCUCUGUGCUGGCAGCCCCAUGGGGUACCUGUAUGCCUCGCCUGACUGCCAAGAUGCUGGGGGGCGUGGGGCACUGGGGCCGGGGCAGGGGCAAGCAGUGGGCGGUGCGGGGGGGGCGUUGCUGCAGGCAUGCAUGCAGUCAUUGGAAUGUGGUGCGCUUGACAAAUGCUGCUCACUGCUCACCCCUGCCACCUCAUGCACACAGGUGGCCCAUGGCCCUGGAGCAACAAGCCAGCCAGAUGAUCCGCUGCUGGCACUGACAGCUCUCUCUCCCCACAAGGCCGUGCCCCACUACCCCCUCUCACUUGCCCUAGCUGCCUCUCUGCUCGUUGCCUUCCUCUUUGACCAUGCACCUGACUCCGACUACCCCACCCUUGUGGGUGUCGCGGCAUCUCCUCAACCUGACAAACAUCAGCCUCAUGCGGGCGAACCCCUUGCCCAAUCACAGACUGCCAUGUGGCAGCGCGAGAGCGUGGCACGGCGGCUGGCCAGGUAUGCGCAGCGCACCCCAGUGGUUCGACAACUGGUGGCCUACCUGCUGACGUGGCAGCUGCCAGGAUGGCAGGACAGGUGGCGGGGCCAUGACAGUGGAAGCCCAGAUGGUGCAGGAGAGAGCGAGGCAGGGGGAGGAGCGCAGCAGGAGGAAGGGCAGGACAUGGAGAGGAGCGGGUGGGUGGUGGGCAAGGCCGUGGUGCUACAGCGCAUGUCACUGCUGCACAGGGCACUUCAGGCUGGUGCGGGGGCUGUUGCUGAGGCGAGCAAGGGUGCAAUGGUGGAAGAGGCAGGAGCGGCAGCAUCAGGAGGGGGUGAUGCAGCAUUGAGUGCUCUGCAGGCACAGGCAGUGCGCCUCUCAGUGCAAGCCCACUCAGCCACUCCAAGCACUGCCCCCUUGGAAUAG